GAGCGCCGACGGCCUCUGCUCGCUGCAUAUCUUGGGCGGACCUGCAGCACAACAUGUGCAGCCUUGACCCAAGUGCCGCAAGUACGAGGUCCAGCUCUAUUUUCGCACCCAGCUGCAGCCAGGGCCAACUGCCAACAUGCACUGUCCUUGAAGCGACGUAGAUCGCCCGGAAAUCAUGGGCCCUUUCACCAUCCACCGCGAUGCCGCCACCCCGACCCCUGGUUUUGGACCCCAAGCUGCUCCGUGCUCUAGCUUUUACGAGCGCCACCAAACCACCCGCAGCCUCACCCACGAUCCAUCGCCUGGCCACGAGGUGCUAUGCACACCAACUCCUUCUGGGCUGGGCUUUCCCUAUCUGUCCUCGCCAGCGCUGCCCCCGUCCGUAAUUGCUGGUCGCCCGCCGCCAACUUGAAUCCAUCCGCUGAAUCUGGCAAUCAACAGUGUAGGGCCCCGCAGCAUGGUGGACACAUGACGGCAGCCUACCCCACGCCCACGCCAUCUCUCGUGUCCAUGGCAGCUGAGGCGCAAGGUUUGCACAAUAACGGUUCCAAGUGCUUUCAGGAAUUCGUCCGACGUCGAGCAGGUUAGUGAUUGAGCCAUCGAAGACGCUUUGGUACGCCGAAUCUCGGGCGGCGCUGCGACGUUUUUGGAAUGGGGCCCUACCGCCAGUUCGCACCUCGGUGCAUUUCGAGCAGAGAAUGAGGCUCCUCCGCCAUUAGCCGCUGCCGAUCUAUGUUGUAUGUCUUUUCUCCCUGUAGCGAAGACGCACUCGCCCACGAGCGACACUGUGAUCCGCAAAAGCAAAUGCGCGGUGAGAUCCGCACGAGAAAUUGCAUCAGACACUGCUCCACAUUUUGAUGUUUAACUUCAAGGCACAAAGCAUAGGCCCGAUUAUAGUGUAAUGUGGCGCCCACGAGCAGCCGCUGGAGGCGUCUUGGUCAACACCUCAGAGUUUGCUUGAACGGCGACUACAGGGCGGAGGCGCCAGCUCUUGGCACCUCUAUUGGGA